CCGACCUGGUUAUUGCACUAACACACAGUGUCUGGAAAACCCAGAGGCAGAGAAGUUAAAAAGAGAGCAGAAAACAUGAAAAGCAAAUUAAAAAAAACAGAAAACAAAAAAACAAAGAAAACAAAAGAAGCCGGAGACCAAAAGGGUCAUAGGCUCAUAGCUAUUUGGACUGAUUAGCCAGAGAAAACAGGAAUUACACAAUUCUUAAAAUUCCCAAAUUUCCUUUUUCCCUUUUCCUUAAAAAGGGUUCUUCGUUUUAGUACUUUCUUCUCUGUACUUGGCGUCAAACCCUAGUUUCAGGUGUUAAAGGAUUAUUUGCAGGUUGCUCUUAUCAGUCUAAUGCUCUGCAUGUUAUAUCACGGUUGGAGUUUACCAUAGCAUGAGUACGAUGGAUCAUCCACGAUCAUCCUCUGCAAAUGCUGAGGAUAAUGUUGGAAUUCCAGAUGAUUUGCGUUGCAAGAGGUCGGAUGGGAAACAAUGGAGAUGCACUGCCAUGUCGAUGCCAGAUAAGACAGUAUGUGAGAAGCACUACAUCCAGGCAAAGAAGAGGGCGGCUAAUUCUGCAAUGAGAGCUAACUUAAAGAAAGCCAAGAGGAAGUCGUUAGGUGAAAGUGAUAUUUACUUGGAGAGUAAGAGUGAUGAAUAUGAUACACCGCCUGUGAACACAAAAGUUGAAGAUUAUCCUGUUCCAGCCUCAGGGAAAAUGUUGUUUGAGAAGGUAUCCAAGAAUCAGUUUCGCUAUUCACCUGAGACAGCAGCGAUGAGGAGUUUGGCUGCACGUAAUCCUCCAAAGACAAAUGAAAAUUCACAAAGAGAUGCUGGACAUUUUGAAGAAAACUGGAGGUCUCACAAGACACCACCAACUUCGGGCAUGGACUCAUCUAAGAGUAGAUCACAAAGGAGCUUUGAUGCUAAUGAUGCUAUGACGGAGGACUCUGAUGGAAGUACAGAUUCCUCUGAAGAAGCCGGUGGGCAACCUUGCCACCAAUGCCGGAGGAAUGAUAGAGAUAAAGUUACUUGGUGCCUUAAAUGUGAUAGGAGAGGAUAUUGUGAUAGCUGUAUCUCCACAUGGUACUCAGAUAUUCCAUUGGAAGAAAUUCAGAGAAGUUGCCCUGCAUGCCGGGGUACUUGUAGUUGCAAAGUGUGCUUGCGUUCAGAUAAUUCAAUAAAGGUUAGAAUACGUGAAAUACCUGUUCUAGACAAAUUGAAAUAUCUUCACUGCCUAUUAUCUUCGGUGCUUCCGGUAGUUAAGCAAAUCCAUCAUGAGCAGGCUUCUGAAGUAGAACUACAAAAAAAGUUGAAUGGGAAAGAACUAUUUCUUGCCAGGACAAAAGUGAAUGCAGAUGAGCAGAUGUGCUGCAAUUUCUGUAGGAUACCCAUUACAGAUUAUCAUCGGCGUUGUGCCAGUUGCACGUAUGAUCUGUGCCUUAGUUGCUGUCAAGAUCUUCGGGAAGCAUCUCAAAAUGAUGUUAAAGGAGAAUUGGCAGAUAAUCAGAUCCGUGGCAAAAGUCAAGACAAAGCAACUGCGACAGGGCAAGUGAAAGUAUCCAAACUAAAACUAAUUUUACCGGAAAAGUUUCCUGGUUGGCAAGCCAAUAGUGAUGGGAGUAUUCCAUGCCCCCCACCAGAGUUUGGUGGCUGUGGUCACUCAUCAUUAAAUUUAAGCCGCAUUUUUAAGAUGAACUGGGUUGCAAAACUGGUAAAAAAUGUGGAGGAAAUGGUUAGUGGGUGUAGGAUAUAUGAUGCUGGCAGCCUAGAAAAUACUGGGUUGGAUGAUCCCAGACUCUACCAAUAUGCUCAUAGAGAAGACAGUGAUGAUAAUUUCUUGUACUGCCCUGCAACUCAAGAUAUUAAAUCUGAUGGGAUUGGAAAUUUUAGAAAGCACUGGGCCAGGGGUGAACCUAUUAUUGUCAAGCAGGUGUUUGAUAGCCCAUCAACUUCAAGCUGGGAUCCAAUGGUUAUAUGGAGAGGGAUUCAGGAGACAGCAGACGAGAAAACAAAAGAUGAGAACCGAGUGGUGAAGGCCAUAGAUUGCUUUGACUGUUCUGAGGUUGACAUUGAACUUGGUCAGUUCAUCAAAGGAUAUUCUGAUGGACGAAUUCUUGAAAAUGGUCAGCCAGAAAUGUUGAAGUUGAAGGAUUGGCCUUCCCCCAGUGCAUCUGAAGAGUUCUUAUUGUACCAGAGACCUGAUUUUAUCAGUAAACUGCCCUUACUUGAGUAUAUCCACUCCAAGUGGGGUCUUCUAAAUGUUGCUGCAAAAUUGCCUCAUUAUUCCUUACAGAAUGAUGUAGGACCUAAAAUUUUUAUUUCUUAUGGGACCUAUGAAGAACUUGGUAGAGGCGAUCCAGUGACCAAUCUUCAUUUCAAUAUGCGUGACAUGGUAUACCUAUUAGUGCAUACUUGUAAUGUGAAUCUACAAGGCCAGCAGAGUGUAAAGAUUGAAAAGAUACAAAAAUCCUUUGAGGAUUCUGAGAUGAAAGAAUCACCGGAGGAUCCACAAGCAGAUUUGGAUGAGGAAGGGUCCCCUGAUAUAUUGCUUGGUAGUCAAAGUGUGCAGAAUGAAUGUGGUGCAAAAGUGGAUGAAAAUGAAAAUGAAUCAAUGGUGGAUCAGGGGAUUGAAACUGCUGAUGUUAAAGAGAAUAACGUCAAUUGUGAAACAUCAAACAGAGAGGGUGAAGAUGUCCCUGAAAGGAGUGAUCCUGGUGUUCUAUGGGAUGUUUUUCGCCGGCAGGAUGUCUCAAAGGUGACUGAUUAUUUAAGAAUUCACUGGAAAGAAUUUGGGAAGCCUGAUGGAGUAUCAAAUGAUUUAGUGAAAAGGCAUCUUUAUGAAGAAACGGUAUUCCUGAAUGGGCAUCAUAAAAGAAAGCUGAAGGAAGAAUUUGGAGUUGAGCCAUGGUCAUUUGAACAGCAUUUGGGGCAAGCUAUAUUUGUCCCUGCAGGAUGCCCUUUCCAAGUGAGAAAUCUCCAGUCCAAUGUUCAGUUGGGGCUUGAUUUCUUAUCUCCUGAAAGUCUGGGGGAGGCUGUAAGGUUGGCUGAAGAAAUCCGCUGUCUCCCUAAUGACCAAGAAGCAAACCUGCAGGUGUUGGAGGUCAGACAAAGGAAAUUUUUCCUAGAAGUUGGAAAGAUAUCACUUUACGCAGCAAGUUCAGCUAUUAAAGAAGUCCAGAAAUUGGUUCUUGAUCCAAAACUUGGUGCAGAGCUUGGAUUUGAAGAUCCUAACUUGACUGCAAUGGUUUCUGAGAACAUGGAGAAGAUGAUUAAGAGAAGACAGAUAACUUGUGCUUGAAUGUGUACAGUAAUUGUAAUUUAGGUAUAGGAAGUCUAAUGUUUAAGGAGCAAAUAUCAAUUAUAUAUGUAUUAUAUGUAAUUUUUACCCAUCCCUACAACCUGAGCUGGUCUGAUUUUAGACAUUGGUGCUGCAUUUAAUGAGAACCAUUAUAGUUUAGAAGAAAAUGAAAAGCAAAAUAUAUUGUUGAAUUA